AUGUCAUUCAUCAAUGUUAAAGGCCAAGUGUGAAGUAAAGUUGGCCAACCAUGUUUUGGAGUAAUAUCAAUGGCUGAACAAUUAUAAGCAUAUUUCCGUUAUUUUUUUUAACGCAAGCCGUCCAGAUUCUUUGUUUAACCCUUAGCAACGCCCUUGACAACAAAAAUGCUUUUCUUUGGCAAUCUUCGGAAAUGACGUCACAUGGAGAACUGCGAGGGAAGUCCUCCAUUGAACAGCAUUGUUGCAUUGCUUGGUGGUAAGAUGCCACGGCGGUGUGUGGCGAUGUAUUGUUCGCAAUCGACAGAAAAGUUGUACCAGUGGCCGAAGGAUAGCAGGGCACGUAAAUAGACAUCUUUUAUUCGCACGAAGCAAAUGAAUUUCAUGCCAUCAUCGACGAGUGUUCUCUGCUAUCUCCACUUCAAAGAUGCCUGCUUUCUCAACCGGUCUGCUUAUGAUCGAGGAUUUGCAAAAAAGUUAUUACUCAAUGCAACUGCUGCCCCAACAAUUCACCUGCCUCCACAAGACCAGCAAGUUCAAUAUCCACCUGUCCAGCGUGCAGCAGCAGCUAAGCGAGACAGGAAGCGAACCGUAGCUGAGGCUAUCAGCUCUGAGACGGUUGAGUGUGGAAGUCAGUUAUUGCUGGAUGAAUCCAGUUCAAACAGCCAUCAAGAUGAUGAAGUUAUACCACCACAUAGUGUGGAUAAAAUGGUGCAGACAUUGAAGUAUUGUCCUCCAUGCGAGAAAUGUAAGAAUAGGGCAAAUUACCGGUCCAUUGGCAUACAAUGCAACUUGGGCCAACCAGAACCCAAAAGCAAAAAGGUCUGUAUGCCACUGGUUGACACAGACAGUGAAGAGGAGAGUGACGUGGAAAAGGACAGUCGACACGUCCCGGACCAAGAUGUGGAGUAUAUUGCAGGGGAGGACAGCGAUGAAGAUGAACCAAGUUCAUCAGAUGAUGAAGUGACACAUGUCAGCUUCGAAGAAAUCCAGAGCAAUGAAAGUGAAGACCUUCACAAGCAGCGGAAGUACUUGGUGUUCGAGUCCUCCCUGAUCGCCCUCUUGGCCGUUUGUGUCCUUUGCAAAGGCAGAAGCGCCUGCUUCCGCUAUGUCAAAGGGACACUGGUGAAUAAAUAA